CAGAUGCCCCGCCCUUGGCAUCGCCUAGACUUCAGCAGGCUAUGAAUGUGAACACUUCUGCUGCAUGCUCAACAUUAUUUACAGCAAAGCAGAUAUUGCAUCACUGACUUCAUACCAGCGAAUCCAAAGCAGCAUCGAGAUAAAAAAAAAAGAAAGAAAGAAGAAUCAGUAGGCUAAUAUUUAGAGAACUUCUGAGUAGAGGAAACAACUAAACGAUGAGUUGCCAGCCCACGGACAAGGCCCCUCCUAGCAGCAGUCCAACAGUUCAGCAUGCUUCAGGAUCUACCCUCCUGCCCUCAGUGGUGUGUCAAGAAACAUGCAGCAGUGCUGCUCAGAGUCAAACAACACUGGAGUCCAAACUGGAGGCCCUGCAGUGCCACUUCAUCUGGGAUCUGGACCCCAGCAGGUCCAAACUUCUCCGCCUCAGGGACAAUCUGGAAGACAUUGGCACCGAGGAGGGAAACAGCUGGCUGGGUCAUAUUUACAACCUGCGUGGGUUCAUUCAGUAUGACCUGGGGUUUAAAGAAGACGCCCAGAGUUUGUUCAGCAAGGCUGCAGAGGCCUUCCGCCAGAUGAGAAACGCAGAUGAAGGUCCCUGGUUAGUGGUGAACUAUGGGAACCUGGCCUGGCUGCACCACCACCUGGGAGAACAAGCAGAGAGUCAGGCUUACCUGUCAAAGGUCGAUGCCCUGAUCAAUAAAUACCCAUCUCCAUCCCAGGAUGAGCUCCAUCCGGAGAUCUGUGCUGAAAAAGCCUGGACCCUGAUGAAGUUCAGCGCAGAACAAAAGCAGCUGGCUGCAGAUUACUUUGAG